ACAACGAUCUCCUAUGCACAAACAUCCACAAAAACAAAAGAAGGGAAAAACACAAGCUAGCCAUGGUUAGCAGCAAGAUUAGUAUUGUCGGAGCCAUCACAUCUCCAAUUGUGGUUGUGGUGGCACUGACACUAUUGAUCACACUUUUGGCACCGACAGUAGAUGCACAACCAUACUCAACAAUGCCACCUAGCAUGAUCGGAGAUUUAUUGCCACGGACGAGAGUACCUCCGUCUGGGCCUAGCCAUCCUCCACCCAUGGCGGCGAUGCCACCAUCAUGGAGAAUGCCAUCCGCUGGACCUAUGAAGCCUCCUUCCAUGGCGGCGAUGUCACCUGAUGUUGUUGGGGAUUUGCUACCACGAGGACCUAGCCAUCCGCCACCAAGGGUAGCGAUGUCACCUGAUGUUGUUGGGGAUUUGCUACCACGAGGACCUAGCCAUCCGCCACCAAGGGUGGCGAUGUCACCUGAUGUUGUUGGGGAUUUGCUACCACGAGGACCUAGCCAUCCGCCACCAAGGGUAGCGAUGUCACCUGAUGUUGUUGGGGAUUUGCUACCACGAGGACCUAGCCAUCCGCCACCAAGGGUGGCGAUGUCACCUGAUGUUGUUGGGGAUUUGCUACCACGAGGACCUAGCCAUCCGCCACCAAGGGUAGCGAUGUCACCUGAUGUUGUUGGGGAUUUGCUACCACGAGGACCUAGCCAUCCGCCACCAAGGGUGGCGAUGUCACCUGAUGUUGUUGGGGAUUUGCUACCACGAGGACCUAGCCAUCCGCCACCAAGGGUAGCGAUGUCACCUGAUGUUGUUGGGGAUUUGCUACCACGAGGACCUAGCCAUCCGCCACCAAGGGUGGCGAUGUCACCUGAUGUUGUUGGGGAUUUGCUACCACGAGGACCUAGCCAUCCGCCACCAAGGGUAGCGAUGUCACCUGAUGUUGUUGGGGAUUUGCUACCACGAGGACCUAGCCAUCCGCCACCAAGGGUGGCGAUGUCACCUGAUGUUGUUGGGGAUUUGCUACCACGAGGACCUAGCCAUCCGCCACCAAGGGUAGCGAUGUCACCUGAUGUUGUUGGGGAUUUGCUACCACGAGGACCUAGCCAUCCACCACCCUUGGAGGAAAUGAUCGAGUAUAGCAAUGAUGUCCUCGGUGCGAAUGAUAAACUUGUUGGUAAUGUAAGGAUGAAUACAUAAGGAUAAUGUGAUGUAACUUAUAGACAAUAACAUAAAUAAAAAGAAUACCCUGUGUUGUU